AUGGCACGGCCUGUGGCAUGGCAUUUGGCAAAGCUCCAUUUGUUGUUCGCCCUGAUGAGCAUCCCCGUGGCAGUAGCAGAUUGCACGAACAAAACAUGCACUGCUGCGGGCAUGUUUAUCCAGCGGCGUGCCAUUUCAGGCAAGAAUUCACCUGAGGCGGGCGGAGUGGAUGGACCUACAUGGGUGGCAUCACCUUUCAGCGGGUGCAAACGGGUGUGCCAGUCAGACUCAUCUUCAGCAGAGAAGGAAUUCCCUGCAGGGUUUGCUUUCCAAGAUCGGAGCGUCCAGUGCUUCUCCCGCAGUGGGCAUUUGAUCGGUGAGUCCCACUGUGUGCAUUUGAUGAAGCCUCGCGCUUACAGGCGUUGCUGGUGCGGCGUGUCGUGGUGCCCUGCGGCCUGCGAAGCACUGACACUCACGGCCUUUGUGGACGACAACGACGCGAGUGGUGCCACUGGAGAAAGUGACCAAGACAGCGACUACGAAUGCCUGGGUUGCUACGCUUUAGGACAGGAUGAUGAUGUUGCUGCUGCAGUGAAUGUAGAUGCUAAAGAUACGACCUGUGUGAAUUGGGCACACAAAAGUCCAUGUCAGAGUGGCCUGCCGUUUUUUCGGAUGCGCAGCAACGAGAUGUCGGUCGAGGAGUGCUUCGAGUUCUGUCUGUCAAAAGGGUUGGACCUCUUCGGCUUGGUGAAGGGCGUGGAGUGUCGUUGCGGCGCGUCGCGUUUGAACCGCGGCGUCUGGCGAUCAGCAGAUCCACGGCCUGGGUUGGAGUUGGUGGACUCCGACAAAAUCGGAAGCUGUGCAACAGACGAAGCAUGUCCUCUCCGUGUCUAUCGAUGGCUGGGGCCCUUCGUCUCUGGUGGCUCUGUCCCUGAACAUCUCAUGAUGCCAAGACUUGAAGAGAGUGUGUUGGUAGAUUCAGUUGUCCAAGGCCGACUGUUGAACGAGGGAGAUGAAGAGGAUGGGCCAGGAGGCUUGCUUGAUGCCGAUGCCCAGGAGAUUGAACCUGCAUUGACGCAGCAUGGAGGGAAUGCCAGUUGGGCAGAGGGCCCUGCAUGGCACAGAUUAUGCGAUGAUCGUGAUGGAUGUCAAUACGCUCGUCCUUGGGUUGAACGAACCACCGUGGCUCCAGAAGGAAUGACACCAGAAUGGAGAGAGUAUGUGAUUGUGCGGUACAAGCAUGACCCGGAGACUUCCACUCCAACGAUGAGGGAGGCUUUCGAUGCGGCUGCAGCCGAGUGGCGGCGCCAUACGUGCGUCGCCUUGAUCGAGGACCCGAACGCAGGGUAUCCGUACAUCUCGGUGCAGAAGAAGAGCAGCUGCUGCUGUGCCACCCUUGGACGGCCUUCCCAUUCGAGCUACGUCAACCUGGGAUGGUGCGAUACAUUGAACCACAAAGGAAACAUCAUCCACGAGAUUGGACAUUCUUUGGGUAUGUAUCACAAGCAGAUGCGGCCAGAUGGUGCAAACGAGUAUGACGGCCACGGACCACAUCUUCAAGUCUUUUGGGAGAACGUCGACAGUUCUUGGAAGUCGCAGUACGAACCGAGGGAAGCCGUCUAUACAGGUUCUCAAGAUGACACUCUAGCACAUUUGGCGGUGGGAACAGAUCCUCAAGUUGGAUAUGCUCCGUAUGAUUUCGACAGCGUGAUGCACUAUUCUCGCUGGGCUUUGCGAAACUCUGAUCAUACAAUCAAUGAUGGCUAUUAUUUCAACACGAUUCCUUCAGAGUACAACUCCUUGACGGGACAACGAAAGGGUUUGUCCGAAGGUGAUAUCAGACAAGCAAACGAUGCAUACCGAUGCAGGCUCCUUGGAGAAACAACCACCACCACUACAACGACAACCACGACUGUGGCGAUCCCGGCUUGCAUGGAGAAGGGCACGAGGUGGACCCCGCUGAACAUGGCUGGCCAAGGCCGCUCUGUGGAGCCAAAAGUCGAGCAAUGCAUGCAACGUUGCACUUCAGUGAAAGGAUGCGCCCAUUUCUCCUGGUGGAUUGAUGGUGGAUGCCACCUGCAGGACAGCAGUGCCACGAGUGUCUCGGACCCCCACCCCACCUCUGGACCUCCAACCUGUUCUUGCUACCAGAAUCAGAAGGGCACGAGGUGGCACCCGCUGAACAUGGCUGGCCAAGGCCGCACCGUGGAGCCAAAAACCGAGCAAUGCGGGGAACGUUGCGCUUCAGUGCAAGGAUGUGCCCAUUACUCCUGGUGGAAUGAUGGCGGAUGCCACCUGCAGGACGGCAGUGCCACGAUCGUCUCGGACCCCCACCCCACCUCUGGACCUCCAACCUGUUUAGACAUGACGACAACCACCACCACUACAACGACAACCACCACCACCACCACCACCACCACUACAACGACAACCACCACCACUACAACGACAACCACCACCACUACAACGACAACCACCACCACUACAACGACAACCACCACCACUACAACGACAACCACCACCACUACCACCACAACUACAACGACAACCACCACCACUACAACGAUCUCAGCUUGCAUCAAUAAGGGCACGAGGUGGACCCCGCUGGACAUGGCUGGCCAAAGCCGCACUGUGGAGCCAAAACCCGAGCAAUGCGGGGAACGUUGCGCUUCAGUGCAAGGAUGCGCCCAUUUCUCCUGGUGGAAUGAUGGCGGAUGCCACCUGCAGGACAGCAAUGCCAAGGUUGUCCGGGACCCCCACCCCACCUCUGGACCUCCAACCUGUACUUGCAUGGAGAAGGGCACGAGGUGGACCCCGCUGAACAUGGCUGGCCAAGGCCGCACCGUGGAGCCAAAAACCGAGCAAUGCGGGGAACGUUGCGCUUCAGUGCAAGGAUGCGCCCAUUACUCCUGGUGGAAUGAUGGCGGAUGCCACCUGCAGGACAGCAGUGCCACGAUCGUCUCGGAUCCCCACCCCACCUCUGGACCUCCAACCUGUUUUGAGGCCUCCUUGAUUUCGACAGCCUUGCUUGGUGAGGCCGAGCCAUCCACGACGUGAACAGUGGACCUUUGGACGUUUGGAAGUUUGAACCGUGGACGUUUGAACAUGUUUGAAUUCCUCGAAUUCGAAGUGGCUUGAAUGCGAUUG